AUGGCGACAUCUCUGACGAACGGUACGGCCAACGGGACCACAAACGGCGACUCCUCGGUUGCUCCCGUCAGCACCCGCUUUUCCGACAUCCCUUCGGCCAUCGAUAUUCCCGUUCAGGGUGACCAGGAAGACGAGGCCGUCGAGAUCGACCUCGAGGACCUUUUGGACGAUCCUACCGAGCUUUGCACUCUCUUCGAAAACGAACAUGCGGCCAAGACAUACUGGAUGACCGUUGCGCUGGCAUACGCGAAACAGCGCAAGAUUGACCAUGCCAUCGAAAUGCUCAUCCGCGGGACCAGUUCCAUCAGCAACAGCAGCAACCCGCGCGACAAGGUUAGCAUUGUUUGCUGCCUGUGCUGGAUGUAUCUCUGGAAAAGCCGAGAAGCACCUCGAGUUGCGCCAGACGGCAUACGAGUGUCCGAGGCCAAGACCAAGGAAUACUACCUUCAGCUUGCCACGUCCUCGCUCAACGACGCCGCGCGACUCAACCCUUCCUUCCCGCCCAUCUUUCUCGCCCGAGGCGUCCUGCUCCUCCUGAGAGCUUCCCUGCAAGCGCCGGCCAAGACCGCGGGCGGCAUCGGGACGGAAAAGCACGAGCUCCUUAAGACGGCCGUCAAGUCUUUUGAUGACGCCCUUCGAGUCUCUCAAGGGAAGAACAUGCUGGCUCUCAUGGGCAAGGCUCGUGCAUUCUUCUCCAUGCACAAGUAUCCUGAUGCCUUGACUGCCUACCAGGAUGUGCUCCAGAAGAUGCCCGACCUGGUUGACCCAGACCCUCGAAUCGGCAUCGGCUGUUGCCUCUGGCAGCUAGGCUUCAAGCAGGACGCCAAGGUCGCGUGGGAGCGGUGUCUGGAGAUCAACCCCGACUCGAAAAUUGCCAACAUCCUCUUGGGCCUUCUCUACCUCGACGCCAGCGGUCAUGUGCCCGUCAACAGCGACGACUUCUUGAGGCUUUACAAGAGGGCCAUGACCGAGUACACUCAAAAGUCGUUCAAGCUGGACAAGGACCUCCCUCUUACUUGCUCCACCUUCUCCAGCUACUUCCUCUCGCGCAAAGCUUGGGAUCACGCAGAGAAGCUAGCGCACAAGGCCAUUCAGUACACAGACGUCAACGCCAUUGCGAGCGAUGGUUGGUAUCUGCUCGCGCGAAAGGCACACUACCACGGCGAUCUUGAGAAAGCCAGUGACUAUUACCGGCGUGCGGAUGACGCGCGGGGAGGCACAGAUACCGGCUACUUGCCCGCCAAAUUCGGCGUGGCCCAGCUGUCUGUCCUGAAGAAUGACCUGGGUGAGGCGAAGCUUCGGCUGGAGAAGAUGAUUCAACAGUCCAAGAACCACGAGGCCAUGAUCCUCCUCGGAACCCUUUACGCAGAGGAGAUCUUUGCCAGCCAAAAAAGUGACAGCAAAGAGGACAAGUCGACUGAAAUCAAGAAGGCCAUUGCUCUUCUGGAGGGGGUCCGGAGCGCUUGGAAGGACCCGAAGAAAGCACUCUCCCCCGACUCUUCUGUUUUGCUGAAUCUGGCACGAUUAUACGAAACCGAUAACCCGGACAAGGCCCUCCAGUGUCUCCAGCAGGUGGAGCAGCUCGAGCUGGACCAGCUCCUGAACAAUAUUGGCUGCUUCCAUGCUCAGGCAGAAAAGCACGAGUUGGCGAGCGACAUGUUCGAGGCUGCACUGGGCGCUUGCAUGAGAAUCGGCGAGAAAGACGCAGAGAUGGACACGGACGCCUUGGUCUCCACCAUCAGCUUCAACCUGGGGAGAAGUUACGAGUCCAGGGGCUUGACAGACAAGGCAGUGGAGGUGUACGAGGGACUGCUAGCUCGCCACGACGACUACACCGAUGCCCACACAAGGCUUGCAUACAUCAAGCUGAGGAAGAAUCCAAACAAAGAGGGCCCAGAUGCUGUCGCCAAGCUGUACCAAGGAAACACGGGCGAUUUAGAAGUUCGAGCACUCUAUGGCUGGUACCUUGGAAAGGUCCACUCUAGGAAACGGCCCGCCAACGUCACUGAGGACCACGAGUUCCGCCAUUACAAGCACACGCUGCAGAAUCACGACAAGCAUGACCGGUACGCCCUGGUCGGCAUGGGAAACCUUUACCUCAUGCAGGCGAGGGAGAUGCGGCGCGAGUCCGACUCGGAAAAGCAGAAGCGAAGUGCCAUCUAUUGCAAGGCCGUCGAGUUCUUUGAAAAGGCCCUCUCUUUGGAUCCCAAAAACGCCUAUGCGGCACAGGGCAUCGCCAUUGCGUUGGUCGAGGACAAAAAGGAUUUGAAGACGGCCCUACCCAUCUUCAACAAGGUCCGGGAGACGCUUCGGGACUCGCACCUCUUUGUCAACCUCGGUCACAUAUAUUCCGAGCUCAAGCAACACUCAAAAGCAAUCGAGCACUACGAAGCUGCACUCUCCAAGGACGGCAAGUCCAGCGAUCCCGUCAUUCUCUCUUGCCUGGGUCGGACUUGGCUCAAUAAGGGGCGCGCGGAGCGGGACAUUGAGGCCUACAGCAAGUCCUUGGAGUGCGCCGAAAAGGCUCUCGAGGUCGCCCCCGACCAGGUACACUACAAGUUCAAUGUGGCUUUUGUACAGAUUCAGCUCGUCACCACGAUCCAGGGACUAUCGGAGAACAGACGGACGUCGGAACAGCUUGCAAAGGCCGCAGAAGGACUAGAGGCGGCCAUCGAAUCUCUGGACAAGAUAGCGGCCCUUCCCCAAACCCCAUAUCCCAAACACGACGUGGAGCAGCGCGCCAACAUGGCCCGCAACACACUGCGGAAGCAACUCGAGAGAGCCAUCGGAAAGCAAAAGGAAUGGGAGGAGAUGAACAAGGAGAAAAUCCAGGCUGCUCGGGAGCAGCGAGAGGCUGAGCUCAGGCGGCGCGAGACCGAGCGCGAGGCAGUGUUGGCAAAGGAACGCGAGCGUCAGGAAAAGAUCAAGAAAGAUCGAGAGAAGAUUGCUGCCGACGACAGGGCGUUGGCGGAACGGCGGGCGGAGAAGGAGCGCGCUCGCAUAGAGGCCGAGAUGACGAAUGACGAGGAGACGGGUGAGAAGGUGAAGCGCAAGCGCAAACCCGCCUCGCGCGCGACGGGCGAGGGCAAGCCGAGGAAAGCGCCCAAGAAGAAGAAGGAGGGCGAAGGAGACGACAAUGACUCUCUGGAAGAGUCGCGCGGCAAGAAGAGACGCCGCCUCACCAAGAAGGAGUCGAGCAAGUUCAAGUCGGAAGCGCUUGUGGUCGAUAGCGACGCCGAGGACGAUGACGACGACGAGCUCGAGCGAGCCGAACGCAAUAUCGAAGGCAACUCAUCUCCGCGCUCGGGGGCCGACGACGAUGGCGGUAGCGCCGGCGACAAAAUGGAUGUCGACGACGAGGACCCCGAGCACAACAACGGAGACGACAAGGACGGCCGCGAUGGAGAGGACGAGGACGCCCCGCGGCAGCCGCACAAAAGGGCCCGCCGGGGACAGGUGGUGGUCAGCGACGACGACGACGAAGGGGACGGAGCCAACAACCAGAACGCCUUGUCGGGCGACGAGGGAGACGAGGACUAA